GAUCCAGAGGCUGGGGAGUCAGUAGAGACACAGCCCAGCCCGUCUCAGCACAGCUCAGCACAGCCACUUCAAGAGGCAGGGGAGGGGAGACACUAGCGCACACGGCCAACGCUGCAACGUACACACACACACACAAAAUCACACAGACAAACACUCCUCCUCUCUCUCUCUCUCCCUAUCCCUCCCUCGCUCUCUCACUCUGGUGCUCGGCUCCGCACAGCUCCUCCACUCAUUCGCUGCUGAUUCACUCGCUCACUCGCUUGCCUGUCCUCCUGCCAGUCGCUCUGCCUUGCUGCGCUCUGCCUUGCCUGCCUGAGAAUGGUCCAGCCGGUGCCUGGGGGUCUGCUGUCGCGGCCUGUCUGAACACACGCACAAAACACAGAGUCAAUCGACACGCGGAGGCAGACACACACACACACACACACACACACACACACACACAAACUGGAGAGCAAUGUGAGAGAGGAAGUGCCUUCCCUGAUGUCUGCUGCAGCUUCGACCUGCUUCUACAGCUGAAGCUCCACCCUCCCCCUCCCCGCCUCGCUCGCUUGCUGCCACGGUAACACGAGUAUAAGGACACACACACCUCGCAGCCAACGCUCCGACCCGCUCGUCCAUCCACCACCAUCAGCAUCCACUCCUCGCAGCCGGGCUCCAGCCUCAGCUCUGCCAACUGCCCAGCCUUACCACAGCAGCCCGACACACCACCAGGCCCACGCAGCAUCUCACCCACCUUGCCUUUAACCUUCGCCUUCAACCCUCUAAGCCUCCACUCGGUCAACAGCGUCCUUAACCUCCCGGUAGCAGGCUACACCCAGACUAUCACCUUUGUUGCCUGCUUCACUGAACCUAACUAGAGGGCCUGCUCGUCUGUUUGCCACCUUGGCUUGUGAAUGUUGUAGGUGAGACCGUUCAGCAGGCAAAAACAGGCCAAGAGCGGCAACUUCAUCAGCUAAGUGGAUAUAAACACUUUUUCUGUGGUCGAUUGAUCAGGAAAAUUAUCCAAUAACAUCGUCAACGUCCUGCAACAUUUCACUUUGGGAAAAGGAGCCCUCUCAAUCAAUAGUAACUUUAUUUUGAAUGUUUCAUUUCAACGUGACAUACACAGACUUUAACAACAAAUAAACAAAAAGAAAGACCUUUAUUCACGCUUGAACAGCUCGGAAUAACUUUUGCCAGCGUGUUGCCAUGGCGAUGAACAUGGCACACAUCCGUGAUACAAAGUGGCUGACACUCGAGGUGUGCAGGGAGUUCCAGAGGGGCACGUGCUCGCGCUCGGACCAGGAGUGCAAGUUCGCUCAUCCGGCCAAGAGCUGUCAGGUGGACAACGGACGGGUCAUAGCCUGCUUCGACUCGCUCAAGGGCCGUUGUUCCAGGGAGAACUGCAAGUACCUGCACCCUCCUCCCCACCUAAAGACCCAGCUGGAGAUCAAUGGCAGAAAUAACUUGAUCCAGCAGAAGAACAUGGCCAUGCUCGCCCAACAGAUGCAGCUCGCCAACGCCAUGAUGCCCGGCACGCAGCUACCACCUAUGGUGAGAGGGCACACACGUAUGAACACACCACAGCUACUGCCCAUGACCAUGUUCCAGAUGACGCCAAGCAUGGCCACCAACGCCAAUGCAGCAGCAGCUGCAGCCGCAGCCUUUAAUCCCUACCUGAGCCCUAUGUCACCGGGCCUGAUGCCCCAAGAGAUCAUGCCCAGCACCCCCGUCCUCAUGGCCUCCAGCCCCAACAUGAGCCAAGUCCCCAACGCUGCUGCCGCUGCAGCCCAGAAACUGCUGAGAACAGAUAGACUUGAGGUGUGUCGGGAAUAUCAGAGGGGCAACUGCUCUCGGGGAGAGGAGGACUGCCGCUUCGCCCACCCCGCAGACAGCACCAUGAUCGACACCAACGACAACACCGUCACCGUGUGCAUGGACUACAUCAAGGGCCGGUGCUCUCGGGAAAAGUGCAAGUACUUCCACCCGCCGGCCCACCUGCAGGCCAAAAUUAAGGCUGCCCAGCACCAGGUGAACCAGGCCACAGCCGCCGCGGCCAUGACUCAGUCGGCUGUCAAAUCACUGAAGCGACCCCUCGACGCAACCUUUGACCUGGGCAUCGCCCCUAAUGUCAUGGCUCCCCUGCCCAAGCGGGCAGCCCUGGAGAAGGCCAACGGGGCCUCUGCCAUGUUUAACACCAGCAUGCUCCAGUACCAACAGGCCCUGGCCAGCAUGCAGUUUCAGCAGCAGGCUGCUUUCCUCCCAUCAGGCUCAAUAUUGUGCAUGACACCUGCAGCCGGCGUUGUUCCCAUGAUGCACGGUGGUACUCCAGGCACUGGAGGCAACACAUCUGCCACAAGCCCCUUCGCAACUGCCUCCGCCAAUCAGGACUCUUCCUUAUCAAAGUUGACUACCAACGAAUACAUGCAAUUGAUUCCAAUAAUAUCUGCAGAUCAUCUGAGUAGUCACAAGUACUUGACUCAAAUGUAGUUCCUCAAGAACAAUCAAAUGAAUGUGUGCUGGCACCGUCCAAGCCAAAAGAGUUCAGCCUUUAUGUACAUAACCUGCAGAAUGUCAAGCAAUGGGACGAGGAGGGUCUGCCAUCUCUUAGCCGGUCCACGACGAUGGUCUCAUCCACACGUGUUAACAUCAAAGGUGCAACACACGAUCGGUGCCAUCUUCCCACAUAUCAAAGUCGAGAAGAAUUUGUCGUCAAAUUCAACGUCCAGCCGAGAGAAGAGGAUAUCUUGGUGCCGGGGUCAGUGUGCGAAACAUUACACCUCUGUGUCUGACUAAAUCAUAGCACUCAAUUUGUUCUAAUUAUUAUCAUUACCGCACGCACACAAGGUCAAGAGCGUGGUUGCGUAAAAGCAACAUCCAGUGCUGGUACGUUUAGUAGACCAAGAUUUUUCUUUCCUUUUUUUUUUUUUAUUUGUUCUGUUUUAUUUUGAUUUUUAAAUCAAUAGCCAUAUUUCAUAGUUUACAAGCAAACCUGCAGCUUGAAUUUGAAUUGAAAUCUGAAAGGCACAAUGAUUUUUAACAGGAAUUUUAUUCGCCAAAAGAAUUAGGCAUGUACAGUAUUGUGUUUUUACGGCUACUAGUGAAACUAGAUGUUGAAAUGAGGGUCUUGGACGUAUGAAUGUUCUGGGUAAACCAACAUACCUGUGUACCUUGAAAGCACAGCCAGGCUAGCUUUUUCUCACCUUGUCAUGUGCCAUCAAGGCCAUACAGCUAAAACCAGAGUGUUAUCUCAGCAGUGUUAUUUGUUUACCGAAGGUUAACGUUUUGUAUGGCUCUUUUUUUGUAUUUGUUUUGAUUUCAGAAUCUCCAUGUGAGUGUUUUUUUUUUUUUUUACUUUUCAUUUCUCUAAUUAAUCAGUUUUAGAAGUGGGGUUCUCGCCAGAUUUUUGUUUUUAAUUUUGAUGUUUUAAAAUCAAAAAUGGAGGGUUUUUCUAAAGUUUGUCAUACCUCUUUUCAUAGACUAGCGUUGUUGUUUCUUUUGUUUGUUGGGAUUAAGUUGUUGCUCCAGUCCAUUGACUCUAAAGCCUGGUGAAGUAGAGGGUGUAGCUUCAAUUGACAUCGUGUUACCUUGUUCUCCCUCUUUUAAAGAGGAGCGACUCUAAAACUGUGCCUCCAAGAAGCACCGUUGAGCCACGUAUCGAUGGGAAUUUAAAACGGACCCGAAAGGUCUAUUAGGUCAUUGAAACCACAUGUGCACUUGAAUGAUUGUUCGUCUGGUCACCCUGUUUUUAAUUUCACAACUCAUUCUAAGUGAACUUUCGCUUUUUGAGGAAACACAAUACAUCGUGUGUUUGUAUGUUUUCAAGCGAAGGCUCUCAUUCACCUCUAGAUGUGACUACAGAAAACCAAAGCACAGCUUUUUCUCUCAAUCAUAUUCACAAAGGGUUACAGAAGCAUCUCUCAAGAGGCUUUAAUAAGGAAACAUGUUUAUCAUCUGUCAUUCAUGUAAUGAUCACAUCCCUUUUCUGUUUUCACAGAGGUGUGUAGUGUGUCUUUACCGAUUGUAAUGUACCUAACGAAGCCUUAGAUUACAAUUAAUGGGCCCCAGCCCAAUCAAAUGUACUUUCAAUCACCAUGCAGGUAAAGAACACCAAUGAUGUUUUAUAGUUCUGUCACGUGCCGCUUAUGAUCUCUCUUUUUUUUUUUGUUCUUUCUCUCUAUGUAAAAGUAACAAUUACUCUCUUAAAUUUCAUUGAACUUCUGUGUUAUGUACUACUUAAGGAUUUGAAUCUAUUUGAGGUAUGUAGUUGUAGAUUUUUCUCUUUUUUUUUGCCUUACUAUAUAUUACUUGACAACAUUGAUAUAGCCGUUGUAGAUUUUGAGGUAGUAUGACAUUCAUAACUUUUUCAAACCAUAUAAUGGAUAAUGUGUUGAGUCAGUUUUAAAUAUUCACUUCAUUCAUAUAGCUGGAUGACUUUUUUUCAGAUGAUGUUACAUUAUCAGUUAAUUUUGUUGAUGAAAGACUUUUUUGAUACAAGGAAUGAGAUCGAUUAAUUUAAUCUCUUGAGCAGACAAAAUAACUAAUGUUUUAACCAACUUAAAAAUUUUCCUUGUAACAUGUCACGAUCAUGUUUGAAAAUAUAUUGUAUUGAAAUAUAGAUUGUCCAUGUUUUAGAGUAAAAAUUAUUUUCUACUGUAUCCAUUUAAAAAAAAAGAUAUGUACUUUUGUUUGAAUAUUUCUUAAGUUUGCCCUGAAUGUCAGGCCAAAACGAGCAGUGAGAUUGACGGGUCUAUGGAUGUUCGGUGGAUAGCGAGAUUAGGAGCGAGGAAAGACUUUUCCAGACCGGAGAGGUCCGAAAAAUGCUGCAGGUGAUGAGUUCUAACCUAAGGGACGAAGGUUGACUUUUUGCACUUCUGUAUAUAGUCAAAUGAACAGAGAAAAAAAUGUGUAUCAUAUUGAGAUAUUAUUUUGAAUAAAAAAAGAUCUAUAAUUAUAAGGAAUUUUGUUAGAUUAAUUUAAAUUCUUAAAUUAGAAGACCAGCUAAAAAAAAUUGCUUGCAAAGAAGGGCACUAGUUUCUUGGCCAAUGCAUUCAGAGAAAGCUAUGCGCUUUUUGUCUUAUUUUAUCAGUAGUAUUGCCAGGGAAUGUCGAAGGGGAACAGAUAUCCCCGUGUCAUGCUUACUCCGCCCCUCCUGUGGGAUGACAUAUCCAAUAAUAUCCAUAUAUCAUUUGUUAGACUUGGUCAUGCAGUAUUGCUGCUCCCAUGGUACAUACAAAAUUUGUAUUCUAUUAUAGUUUGAUUUGACUGCAUGUAAAAGUACAAACAUGUAAACAAAAUAAACUGCGUAGUUAUGUAAAGAAAGAUAACACAGAAUACAGUUUUUAACAGUAGAUAACAUCCACAGUGGGGAGAAAUAACUCUUCAAAAACAAGUCAUCUUACUCUUGUGUGAUAAAAAAAAAAUAUAUAUAUUUUCCAAGCAAACAUGUUAUUUAAAGAAUGAUCAAAUAUUCGCACUCAUCCACCCCGGAUCCUUUCUCAUAGCCAUAUAAUAAUUACAGUGACUCACAGGAAGUUGUUCCUGCUAUCUUAGAUGUGCACUCAGCAGGUGAAGGCUCACCGCACCAAAUGCAUAUUUGGCAAAUUCAGUCUUUGAAUGUAACAGUCGACCGGUCAACGUGUUUGUGACUCGAGGCUGCUGUGUUUAGUUGCUACAGAACCAAAGCACCAUUUUCUCCAAACCAGAUGUUCAGGCUGCUGGUCUGGAGCCAUGGUUUCUCUUCCCUGCUGGGGGCACACGUACGCUUUGACUGCUUUUUACUUGUAAGUGCAACCAUCGAUUUAUGUAUUUGCUAACAGUUGCCACACGAUAAUGUACUAUUCUGUCUUCAGAUUUUGUUUUAUGCACAUUUUAUUGUUGCCAUAAUUGACUCUGAAUCUGAAAUCUGAAUAAAACAAUAUUUGAUUUGCUCAUGCAA